AUGGAUAGGGAAACGAAGAACCUCGUUUUACGUAAUAAACAUAAAACAUAUGUCCUCGAGCGACACCUGAAUAAACACCAGGGGUUGCAUCCCAGAGCACCGGUACUGGGAGAAGUAAACGGUGAACAAAUCUUUCCGCGCGAAUGCGUUAAGGAGUUGUUCACCGUUGAACAAUGGUUAAAAAAAGCUCGGGAGAUAAAGGCGGGCGAGACGCCUUUUAAAUAUAUAAAAUCUCGUGGACGAGCACGAAACCAUACUGGGUUAUAUGGGGAAUGGCAAACAGCCCCCUAUAACCCGAAACGGGUCAUUGAUGGUAAGAUACCCGUAAAUAAGUAUGGGACUGUGGACAUGUUCAAACCGAGCAUGUGCCCAAUCGGUGCCGUACAUAUACCAGAUCGCGGUACCAUCAAAGUCGCAAAAAAACUUGGGAUUGAGUUUGCCCAAGCUGUUGUUGAUCUCAAGUUCCAAUCUCGUUAUCAGGUGCCUGUAAUUAGGGGUAUUGUUGUCGCUAAAGAGAAUGAAGAACUUGUUCGAGAGGCAUUGGGAAAAUAUUUAGACAUAGCAGCAGCUCAAGAAGCCGCAAGACAAAAAGCCGCAGAGAGAGCUGAAAAAAGAAAGGAACGAGCAGAGAGUGAGAUUGAAGAUGAGGAUGAGAAUGAGACUGAGGAUGAGGCUGAGGAUGAGGCUGAGGCCGAGGAUGAGGCUGAGGAUGAGAAUGAGACUGAGGAUGAGGCUGAGAAUGAGACUGAGGAUGAGGCUGAGAAUGAAGAAGAAUAG